CUUUGUUUUCUUUUUAUCUCUCUCCAUGAUUUGUUUCCUCUUUCAAUUAAUGAGAUCCCAACUCACUCAUACUCAUACAUAGACUUUUCUCUCUUUCUCACUUCCUCUGUUCUCCAGUCUGUGAAUCAAACAACUGUUCUUGGAUUACCAGACACAAAGGUUUACAAGAUUUAAAUCCAACAUAACACUUAUGUAAAAAGCUCUUUUCUUACCAAAUUUUCUACUUGAGCAUUGGAGAUCUGUUGGUGGUUCAAAAAGGAGAGUCUUUCCUCGUCUAUAUAUUAACCUUAUCGUCUGCGUUGGGAUUAAAGAAUGGGUGGUUGUGUAUCGACUAGUAGUAAGAGUACGUGCAGCAGCUGGAGCAAUGGAGAGAAGCCUGCGCGCCGACCAUACCUUGGGAUUGGUUGUUGUGUGAGCAAAAGGGCGAAGAGAACCUUUUCUGACCACAUCGUCUCGCUGCAGAACUUGACUUCUAUACCAAAUCGGAUCAUCAGCAGCAGCAAGAGCAGGAGCUCUUGCAUUUUCACUCAACAAGGACGCAAGGGUAUUAAUCAGGACGCCAUGAUUGUGUGGGAAGAUUUUAUGUCUGAAGAUGUGACCUUUUGUGGUGUAUUUGAUGGUCAUGGUCCUUACGGUCAUCUUGUUGCUCGAAAGGUGAGAGACACAUUGCCUGUGAAGUUGCAGUCUUUCUUUCAUACGCUUCAGUCGAAGCAAAAUGGUUCUAAAGGAACUCGAUUCAGAAGAAACUCAAGCAAAUCGGCUGUCCAAGAAGCUGUUAAAGAAGGAUCUGAUGAAGAUAAACUAAAAGGCUUGUGGGGAGAAGCUUUCAUGAAAUCAUUUAAAGCCAUGGAUAAGGAACUGCGGUCUCAUCCUAAUCUGGACUGUUUCUGCAGUGGCAGCACUGGUGUAACAAUUCUUAAACAGGGGUCUAAUCUCUUCAUGGGAAACAUUGGGGAUUCCCGGGCCAUCCUUGGAUCAAAAGAUAGUAACGAUUUUAUGGUAGCAACUCAACUAACAGUUGAUCUGAAGCCGGAUUUACCGAGGGAAGCUGAGAGGAUCAAACGGUGUAAAGGUCGAGUAUUUGCGCUGGAAGACGAGCCAGAGGUUCCGCGAGUCUGGCUACCUUAUGAUGAUGCACCUGGAUUGGCCAUGGCUAGGGCGUUUGGUGACUUCUGUCUGAAAGACUAUGGAGUCAUUUCAGUACCUGAGUUCACUCACCGUGUUCUUACCGACAAAGAUCAAUUCGUUGUUCUUGCCUCAGACGGAGUAUGGGAUGUGUUAAGCAACGAAGAAGUUGUUGACAUUGUAGCUGCAGCUACAAGCCGGGCAUCAGCGGCUAGGAUCUUAGUGAACUCGGCUGCACGUGAAUGGAAACUAAAGUAUCCGACUUCAAAAAUGGACGACUGUGCAGUGGUGUGUUUGUUUCUGGAUGGGAAAAUGGAUUCUGAGUCGGAUUAUGAUGAACAAGGCUUCUCGUCGGCCACAAAUGCAGUAGAAUCAGAUGAUGGCCAAAGAUCAGAACCCUGUCUCCAAAGAAACUUCACAGUUAGAUCAUCAUCAGAUCAAGAAAAUGAGGCUUACGGUAAUGUGAAUACAGAGACUGAUGCAGAGGAUGAGAAGAAUGUAGGUGAUCAAAACUGGAUGGGUCUAGAAGGCGUCACACGCGUAAACUCACUUGUCCAGCUUCCCAGAUUCUCCGAAGAUAAGUCGAAGGCUUGAUAUUAGUUUUUAAUGCUAUUUCUGAUAACUGAUCUUAAAAAAAAAAUGUAAUUUUCGUUGUUAUGCUUGAGCAUUGUGAGCAGCUUGAUCUGUUUGUUUUUUUUGCUGAUGUUUUGUGUUUGAUGUAUUUGUAUUGCACAAUAGAUUUGCCUCAUUGAUUCUCUCUUGGAAUCCAUGAAUCAAAUGUAUAUAUACAAUUUUAGGUA